CAGCUCCGGUCGGUGGUAGUUUAAUGUUCGGACUAUGGAUUAUUGUUUUCCAGUUUCACAUCACCUGCAGCACAGGGAGCGUCUCUGAUACAGGGAGCCAGCUUUGUCCGCUGUGAGCUUUCAUCUGUCAGCGGCAGACAGUGUGGCAGUAAGAUGCAGCUACAACUCUGCUGACAACAGCCGCUGAACAGAACAGUCAGAACACUGGACAGCUGACAGAGCUGCAGCCUGGCUCAGAGAGCGAGUUGGUAACCCAGCCUCAGUGUGCGAUGUGUGGACCUGCCCUCCCCCUGUGUCUGCUGCUCUGGAUAGUAGGAGCAGCUGUUCUCAGGACCCAUGGUGAAGUUACAGCCUCAGCCAACCGGACCGCAGAGGCAGGUCGCCCCCUCACACUCGGCUGCAACAUCACCACGGGCGUAGGUCACACCGUCCGGCAAGUCCGCUGGCUCAACAGCCGCGACAAGGUCCUCCUGGCGUAUGAACAGGGAGCACCAAUCCGCAUCAGCCAUCAAGCACCCAGCGUGCAACUCGCCGCCCACCACAGCAGCGCCAGCUCCAUCACCAUCACGAAGCUGCGGCCUGAUGACGAAGGCUGCUACCGCUGCAUCUUUGAUGUUUUCUCCAAGGGAUCGCAAGUAGGCAAGACGUGCAUCAAAGUCACUGGUAAAGUGAGGCUGGCGGGCAACAAGACGGCCAUAAGCGGGAAGUCGGCCACCCUCUCCUGCUGGUACAGCCUCCCUGAGAGGGUGCAGCAGGUGCUGUGGAGGAAGACGGCCGAGCAGGGCGACACCACCACCGUGGCUUACUACACCAAGAAAGGCCACUUCAACGUAGAUGAGCACUUCGGUGGUCGAGUUAGCCUGAGCCGAGCUCUGGACGACAGCCAGCUGACCAUCCAGUCAGUCAGGACGGAGGACGAGGCCUGCUACACCUGCGAGUUCCACACGUACCCAGAUGGCAGCAGAAGCGCCACCGCCUGCCUCUCUGUCUACGUUUUACCCCAACCAGAGGUGAGCCACGUAACGUCAUCUUCAGGGGUCACCGAGGCCAACUGCACCGCCCAGUCCCGCCCUGCCGCAGAGAUCACGUGGAACAUCGGCGGGGACAACCGAACACUCGGCCCGCCGAUUUCAUCUGCCUACGAUCAGGGCGACGGCACCACGAUAGUGACGAGCACGCUCCUCUUCCAGUCAGGGCUGCUCAGUGACCUGUCGGUCAAGUGCAUCGUGCACCACCAGGGUUUGGAGAAACCCCUGACGGUGUCCCUCAAUACUAAUGUGGGUCCGGCCAUGGUGAUCCUCCUCUCAGUGUGCGGUGUGGCAGCCGUCCUCCUCCUCUGUCUGUGUGUGUGUCUCUGCAAGUGCUUCAUCUGCACUGACGACUGAUUUGGAGCCCGGCGUCACCGCUGCUUUGAUGAAGGUCCAGCGGAGCUCUGAGCCUGACCUAGCUGCUCAGCACCGUGCCCUCCAGCUCAGUGUGCAGAGGAAGGGAACAGAGCUUUCACAGAGCUGAGCCAGCGCUUCUGGUUCUGCUUCCACGAGCUGGGAAGAUACUGCUAGUGCAGGCACAAAUCUACUACAGUGUAAACAGAACUAAAACCCACAUUAUUUCAUUCUAGAUAUGACACUUAACUGUAGAAACGUUGCUUUGAUUAUUGAUGAAAUCCUUAUUGUAAGAACAGAGGGUUUUGGAGUUGAAUGAAUAUAUCUUGUGCCAUCGCUGAGGUCAAAUGACACUCUCUAACUUUAGAUAGAGUAUUACAGUGUGUGUAUUUGUGUGUGUGUGUGUAAGUUUAAGUCAAGCACAGUGUGAUAAGUUACAUAUAUUUUUUUUAUUUAGGUUUUGUAUGUAGUUUGAGUAGAGUUUGCUCACUUUGACUUUCUUUUAUUAUGAAGAACAUCAACUCAGUUUCUAAAAAUUAGUCCAAAUUGAAUUAAUUAAACAGGGGUCUGUCACUCUGUAAAACCCCACAGGGUUAAAUAAAUCAGUAAAUCAUUUAUCGGGGGGGGGGAAUUGAUUAGCUCCCAUAAAAUAGCCAUCACUCACAGCUGAUUGAGAAAGUAGUUUUUCGGGGCCUUUACGGUGCCGGAGAAUUCAGAGACACAGCAGCUGUUCUUUGCCACUGUGGACCUUCAAAAAGGCCACUGCAGGGUGAUACGUCACCUGAAAAGCCCCCUGUCUGAGGCUGUCACACAGAGAGGGAGGAUGAUUAAAGGCUGCUGAACUAGACUUGCAAGUUACAGGAAAUCAAAAAAGAAGUUGUGGAUCUGACACUAAAAUCGGACUUUUUUGGCUUGUGUGACUCAGAGUGAAAGGAUGGUUUGAGUGGGUCAGAAUGAAAGGUUUGUUAUUUAUAGCUGCAGAGCUGCGCGGGACAGACAGGUGGUCGUUCACGCCGCCCAGACGAUCCCUGUGCGGACGAGCCCGGCAGUUGUGAGUCACUGUUUGCGUGUAUGUGAGACAGUAACAGUUUGUGUCUCUGUCUGCAUGUCUGUGUGAGUGUCCAUGUGUGUGCGCUCUUGUUUGUGUUGAUGUACAGUGUUUCUUGACUUCUGAACCACAGGGAGCACAAGUGGGGGAGUUUAGCCUUACAGGCCUGCGUGGGUACAGUGUGUACAGUAUAAUUCAUUUUGUAGAAAAUUUCAUCUAUGAAAAAGAAAAAAAACCUGUAUUUUAAUAACAAACGUGUUGGAUGCUUACAUUUAAACUUAACAUCUACUUUCAUGUUGAAGUCAGUGAUCUGUAUAUUAAGAUCAUUAUAAGGUUAAAACAGCAGUGUUUUGUUUUUGAGCAGUAUUCACUGUUUAGUAUCUUCAGCAGUUCAUUAAUAGUUUCCUGUACUGGUGCUGAGUGGAUUCGCACUAGUUAGCAAAUAAAAACGUGAGACUUUUAACGGC